GAGAGUGCUGUUCAAAAAGCACCGGCCUGACUUGCCCAGACUUGCUGUUCAUAACGUUUGCGUAUCGUGCUGCUUGAAUCUUUUAAAACCUCUCAUUACCGAACGUUUUCCUUUGCAAAUCUAUCAUUUACUUGUAUUGCCAUAUCUUUUCAAUUUUAGUUCAUCCGAUUGCAUUGCAGAAGUUUCAUUUUUCCCAGUUGUCGUCGACUAUAUAUUUGAAAGAUGACUAACUUUCAAAAACAGAUAUACUACUCAGAAAAAUACUGCGACGAAAAAUACGAAUAUCGACAUGUUGUUUUACCCAAAGAGAUUGCCAAAUUAGUCCCAAAGAACAAACUCAUGACAGAGAGUGAAUGGAGAGGAAUUGGCGUCCAGCAAAGCCAAGGCUGGAUUCAUUACAUGAAACAUGCUCCAGAACCUCACAUAUUGCUGUUCAGGCGAUCUCUUCCUCCAGUGUGAUUGUGUAACUGUGACCGUGAUUCUGAAAAUGAAUGUUCUGGUAGAAUAAAUUGUCUGAGUUUUUUUUUUUUAACCAAAUGUGUGUGGCUGGGUAUUCUAAAACCACACAAUAUUGCAUAUUCCUAUGCUCGCAUUGUACAUAAUAAAGAUAGUAAUGUUCCUCUA